CCGAGUUGAAAACGUCGACGGGAUUGUGCCAGUGCCGGGUGCUAGAGUGUUAAUGAAUUUAAUUAAAGUGAGUGAUGGAGGAAAAUCACGAUUUAGCUGAAGAAUAUGUCCAGGAUUUUGUUCUGGAUCAUUUAGAGGACAUUACUGUGAAACGUGAGGACAAACGUCCAUUUGUAGACGAAAAUACGGGUUGGUUACAGUACGAUGAUUCUUCAAGUCGUGUAUGUCGAAAUCAGUGGGAAGAUAGAAGAAUUCCAACGCCGCAUCCUGAUUCUACUUAUCAGCCACCUGUGUUAGUUAAUAUGACGCUUAUGAAUGAUCCAGGUACACCGCCAGAUACUCCUCCGACUAAUUCUCCAAUUCCCUGUAGGCCACAAGGUAUAAUGGACGAAAUGAUGUGGUUUCCUCCUACCAUUAGAGCAGAUCCACAACCCCUAGAUUUACGUCCUCUUCAUUGUAUGGGAGGAGAACCAGAUUGGGAGAGAAGGGACUACAUUCCUUCUGGUAUGAUUUUAGAUGCUCCCAAUCACCACCACCAUCACCACAACAUCCAUCAGAGACCCCAGUCGGUUUGUUCGGGUGUUAGUGCGCUCUCCCCAAGAAUGAACACUAAUAAUAGUGGUUACUCUACUUGUUCUGAGGACUUAGGUUUAAGUGAUGAGUUACUAAUGAAUCUAUCAGUGCGAGAACUUAACAAACGGUUGCAUGGGUGUCCAAGAGAAGAGAUAGUUAGAUUAAAACAGAAAAGAAGAACGCUCAAAAAUCGAGGUUACGCACAAAAUUGCAGAUCGAAGAGGUUGCAGCAGAGGCAAGAUUUGGAACAGACUAAUAGAUCCCUGCAGCACGAAAUCCACCGGUUAAAAUCCGAAUUGGCCAGAGUGUCUCAAGAAAGAGAUCUGUAUAAACAGAAAUUGCAGCUUGGCCGACCUCCUCAUCUAAAUGGUGGCCUUAAUUCCGAUGGACAGAGUUCACCAGAGUUCUACCUAUGACAUCAUUUUCCGGGUCGAAGAAACUAGUAGUCUUCGACCCCACGGCGUGCUAAGACAUUUCGGCAUAUACCGUGAAGUGUACAAAACGGGACUACAACCUCAAAUGUUAUUUGCACAAUUUUAUUUUGUAUUCGUAGGAUAUGAGACUGUUCUCGUAAGAGAUUUUUCAUUUUUUCUCUGUUACACUCUCGAAACACUUCAAGUGAAUUGCAUAUCUUUUUAAUUAAUCGUUUUUUCAUUUUUAUAAUCUAUUUUUAUAUAAAAACGGUUGUGUUAUGGAUGAUCUAUAAAAUGUUACGUUUUGUAAAUAAAUUUACUUAAUGUUUUUUUUCUGAUUCAUGUGUUAAUAAUUUUCAAAUGCAACCUUCACAUUGACCGUAUUUUAAUUUUUCUUAUAUCACAUAAAAUAUUUACAAUUUGACUACAGUUUAAUAAAAU